UUCUCCGACCGCCGGUCAGUCCGCGCAUUCCCGGGUUUUCUGCUUCAGCGACCGCGGUAGAAGAGGAGGACUCCGGCUCGCGCAGCAUGUCUGAGAAGCGGAACACAGAUGACGCCCGGCGGCUGCCCGACUCCCUCAAGGAGAGCCCCCGUACGGGCCUUGGAGUCUGUGGAUGGAUCUUGGUGGCUGCCUCGUUCCUGUUCACACUUAUAACUUUCCCAAUUUCAAUAUGGAUGUGCAUAAAGAUUAUAAAGGAGUAUGAAAGAGCCAUCAUCUUUAGACUGGGUCGAAUUUUACAAGGAGGCGCCAAAGGACCUGGUUUGUUUUUCAUUCUGCCCUGCACAGACAGCUUCAUCAAAGUGGACAUGAGGACCAUUUCUUUUGACAUCCCUCCCCAGGAGGUCCUCACAAAGGAUUCAGUGACGAUCAGCGUGGAUGGUGUGGUCUAUUACCGCGUUCAGAAUGCAACCCUGGCAGUGGCAAAUAUCACCAAUGCAGACUCAGCCACUCGUCUUCUGGCACAAACUACUCUCAGGAAUGUUCUGGGCACCAAGAACCUUUCCCAGAUCCUCUCUGACAGGGAAGAGAUUGCGCACAACAUGCAGUGCACUCUGGAUGAUGCCACCGACGACUGGGGAAUAAAGGUGGAGCGAGUGGAAAUUAAGGAUGUGAAGCUCCCCACACAGCUCCAGAGAGCUAUGGCCGCAGAGGCAGAAGCAUCCCGGGAGGCCCGAGCCAAGGUUAUUGCUGCCGAGGGAGAAAUGAAUGCAUCCAGAGCUCUGAAAGAAGCCUCCAUGGUUAUCACCGAGUCUCCGGCAGCCCUUCAGCUUCGGUAUCUUCAGACACUGACCACCAUUGCUGCCGAGAAAAACUCCACAAUUGUCUUCCCUCUGCCCAUAGAUAUGCUGCAAGGCAUCAUGGCGGCAAAACACUGAGCCAUGUAGGCCAGCGCUGAGAUGAGCUACACAUGUCCCAGGAUGGAGUAGGGGACCACAUUAGCCUUAGCUCACCAGGAGAGAGUAGGGCAGGGAACCUUGAAUACCCUCCCUCCCUCCCUGGCCUUUUCUGUAUGUUGAGGUUCUUAGAGUGUGUAGUGAUCAUAGAAACAGUGGAAGGGAUUGUUGGCUUGUAAAUACUGAGAGAAAGAGCAAGAUUGGUGAUUUAUAUAUAAGAUAAUCUCCCACUCUUUAAGAUACUUAAGGGUUUGUAUUUUAGAUCAUCCUGUAAUAGGUUAAACCUCUCUUCUUUUGACUUCCAUUGAGUCAUCCCGAACCCACUAUCAGCUGCUAGAACAGAGGCAAAAACACAGGCUAACACUGCCACCUGUCCCCUUGUGCUACAGCCAGCUUCUCUGGGCCACCUGUGCCUUACUUCCAGGGAGUCUUAAUUUCCCUGGUGUCCACCUGCUUUAUAAACCCAGACCUCACAGGGUAGGAGGCCUCUUCUUGCUGUACCUAUCAAACUAGAAGAGAUGGUCAGGAUCAAUGAAAAAGAUUACCUUAACCCUUUGGUGACUUUAAAUUCACCAUUGAGGUGGUCCUUCUGAAAAUAAUAGAUGCAUUUUUUGUGACUCCUUUGAGCCUCCUUCAGGAGGAAAAGACUCCUCCGUGGUGUGUCUUUCAAACCAGCUAAGUACUUACUACAAAAGUGCUUCUUCUCACUUUUGCCUAUUUUCAUAUAUCAGGUUGUGAAUAGUUUUGGCUUUUUAAUAAAAAUUUCUCUACAUUCUAUAAACAGACCCAUGUGAAUAGCUCAUGGAUCAAAAGACUUUUUUAAAAAAAAAAUCUCCAAAAAACCAUUACAUUUUACUGUCUGCAUGCUGUUAACUACUGUACACUGGGAAAAACCCUGCUUUCCGAUCCCGCUCAUGAGGUGGCAUAACAAAUAUAUUCGGCCCGUUAUAUCAAAGGGUGGUGGGCAACACUGUCAAACUUAGGGUACAUAUGGGAGAUGUAGAACUUGUAGUUUGCCUCCUUGUUCUUUUUCUCCUGUAUCUGUUGAUACUCAAGAAGGAACUGGCCGCCCUGUUGGGCCAUAUUUUCUUCUGUAAUGUCAGGAAGCACCUUGCAUUGCACAUGGUUAUGAACUGGUACAACCUGACACUCUUUCUACUGGCCCGGAAAGCUGGUCGUUGACAUUUACGACACAUCCUCUUUGAGGCUCUCGGUUUACCUGGAGAAAUCUAAAAAUACAGCUUUUCUUCCCCAGCACCUGUCUUGCUCUCAGCCCUUAGCUGAAUCACUCUGUCAAGCCCAGCCCCUAAUGUCCCUUUCACUACAUUCCACGUCCGAGCUUAUUUUAGAAAGCCUCGAACCACCUCCUGUCCGUGUUCCUGAGUGGAUUAGAGACCAAUGGACUGUUUCAGCUCAGGGCUCAAGUUACAUUUGCAUUUUGAAUUUUUAAAUGAUGGCUUUCUCUGUUGCCCCUUGACCUCUGAGGACCAGGAAACUCCAUGCCCUGGUGAAAAUCUCUCCUCAGAUGUAGCAUGACAGUGCUUCUGGUUCCCUGAGUUUCCCUCUCUCCAGAUACUGAAUGACCUUCCUUUUGCUGCUGUAUGAAUUCAUAGGCUACA